AUGGAAAAGAAGGAGAAGAAGAAUCACAAUAAGAAGCAAAAACACCAACAUCCAAAUGAUCAAACCACCAAACCAUCAUCAGAUUUUACUUUCAAGCCUAGUUCAGAAGUGAAGGGUCUUCGUUUUGGAGGCCAAUUCAUUGUAAAAUCUUUCACAAUCCGGCGAGCAAGGCCUCUUGAGCUUCUAAAAGUCCUUUCUUAUCCAGCAACAAAUAAGAACAGCAACAAAAAUAAGACACCUUUCCCUUCAACAACAGCUUUUCUGCCUACAAACUUCACUAUCUUGGCACACCAUGCUUGGCAUACCUUGACACUUGGUCUUGGUACCAAGAAAUCCAAAGUACUGCUUUUUGUCUUUGAAUCCGAGUCCAUGAAGCUGGCUGUUGAUAGAAUAUGGCCACCAGAGAUACCGCUUGGAGAAGUGAACAAGAAACUUAUCAGAGGUCUAAAUGGAUGUGAAAUGGCAAGGUUUAAGUUUAGAAAAGGAUGCAUUACUUUUUAUGUCUAUGCAGUGAGACGUGUAGGCAACAUCGGAUUCUCUUGUGCAGAUGACCUAAAGAUUAUAUUACAGUCUGUGGUUUCCCUCAAUGAUUUCUUGGAUCACACUGCUAUGCUUGCCAUACCUCACCAGAGAAGCAUCAACUAUCCAGCACCCCAGGUCGCCAUGGCUCAUUAG